UAUCAUGGCAUAGCAGCAGCGUGCCCAAGAGGCAGGGCAUACCUAUAGAUAUCCCAACAACGCAACCCCGAUUCUCUCACUUUUCGGUCCAGUCGCCUAAUUCUGCAUUGAUGACAGGGUCCAGAGAUCGUGGCAUACCUAAGCGAAAAUCCAGCACAUCCUCGCAAGGCCAAGGCCACAUGUCGCCGCCCUACAGUGGUCACAGCAGCGAUUUUGAUGUUGUAGGCCAUGUCGCAGGAUACGGAAAGAUGCCGAAUGAGAAAGGGAAAGUGAGAUCCUCCGAGGUUUUGUUACUGAGUGAUGAAGACGAAAAACGAGACCCCAAGGCAGUGAAACGGAAAAAGAUGGUUCAGCCAGGCAAUGUUGUCGGACAAUCGUCAUCAUUGUUCACAGGAAAAGCAGGAUCUUUUGUAUCAAGGAUGAAGAAAGAUUCGACAGCAUCCGAGCCACUACCCAGAACAAGCAUAUCAUCAUCCGUAGUCCACAGCAGUUCCACAGCCUCGGCACUGAAUCAGACAGCAAAACCAAGAGCAUUGAACACGACAGAGAUAUUAGGAACGUCGAAUUUGAUGAUGCACCCAACAGCACCAAAUUCGAUAGCGAAGCCAACAGUAUCAAAGCUGCCGAUGAGGCCAACAACACCGAACUAUAUAAUGGAGCCAGUGACGCCGAGCUCGAUGCCAAAGCCAGCAGCGACGACAUUUGCACCGUCUUCACAUCAUCCCAAGCACUUGAGCUAUACAAACACUCCAUUGUCGGGCAAGGCGCCAGCUCUUGGAAUGGGCACUUUCCCGCAGGCAUCGUUGACAUGCGUGCGCCUUGGAUCCAGGGUUGAAUUCACGAAACCAAGCAUGGCCGUACAAUUUGGGCCGGAUCGGCUGAUUAUCACUAUCGAAAAAAAUGUGACAAAGAUCCCACAUGACGAGAUUAAGAGCAUGGAGGUGGGACAAGGAACAGGCAGAAAAAAAAAAAGAGACGCUGCGGAUGGUUGCUAACAGAUCGCCCUCGAAUGUUACGCCGUUAUUAGGUGUAUACGCACGGAGAUCCGACG